AUGUCAAUACAUAAAAAUCACCCCUUUCAUUUAGUUGAUAUUAGCCCAUGACCCUUAUUAGGAGCAUUAGGAGCUAUAACUACAAUAAUAGGAUUAAUUAAAUGAUUUCAUUUAUAUAAUAAUAACCUAUUAAUAAUUGGUUUAUUAAUUACAAUAUUAAUUAUAUACCAAUGAUGACGAGAUAUUGUUCGAGAAGGAACUUACCAAGGAUUACACACUUUCCUAGUUACUAAAGGUUUACGUUGAGGAAUAAUUUUAUUUAUUACAUCUGAAGUAUUUUUUUUUAUUUCUUUUUUUUGAGGAUUUUUCCAUAGAUCAUUAGCUCCUAGAAUUGAACUAGGAUUAUUAUGACCCCCUAAAGGAAUUCAAACAUUUAAUCCAAUUGAAAUUCCUCUUCUUAAUACUUUAAUUUUAUUAACAUCAGGAUUAACUGUAACAUGAGCACAUCAUAGAUUAAUGGAAAAUAACUUUUCUCAAGGUCUCCAAGGAUUAAUUUUUACAGUAAUUCUAGGAAUCUACUUUACAAUCCUUCAAGGAUAUGAGUAUAUUGAAGCUCCAUUUUCUAUUGCAGAUUCAGUUUAUGGUUCUUCUUUUUUUAUAGCAACAGGAUUUCAUGGAUUACAUGUAAUUAUUGGAACAACAUUUUUAUUAAUUUGUACAAUUCGUCAAUUUUUAAAUCAUUUUUCUUCUAUUCAUCACUUCGGAUUUGAAGCAGCUGCUUGAUAUUGACACUUUGUUGAUGUAGUAUGACUAUUCUUGUAUAUUUCUAUCUAUUGAUGAGGUAGAUAA